AUGUUAACAUUCAACAACAUUUUCUUUUGCAUAGCACUACCAGGGGAUGAUUUACCAGGCUUGUUGAAAUACUGGGCACUUGAAGGGACCGAUGGAGACGUCGCGUUGGAGGGAACCCCUAUCCCAAGAUACGACGUGGUCGAUGGAGAAAAAUCACUUUACUUUCCUGGACUCAAAGGCUACGCAGAAGUCCCGGCAGUCGUGAUGAAUCCCGAGGGAUACACGUUCAUGUUGUGGUUCAAGCCUGGCAAAAACAGUACAAAUGACGCAGAAAAUGUAUACAGUGACUGGGGUAUUCCGAAGAGUUUUCGCUUACUCUUUUCUAGAAGAACUAAAACUCUAGUCUUCAGAAUAUACAAACAGGAGGACGGAAGUGAAAUGAUAUCGUAUUAUGCAAGUAUUGACAUGAACGGUUGGAACCACAUUGCUGUAACAUGGAAAAAGGCACAAGCAACGAUCAGGAUUGUGUUAAACGGGACACACGGUUUAACGAAGGCGUUUAUACCUAUCCCACCUACAACCCACACAACCUAUCACCUUGGGAUUUUGGGGGACGCUUUGACUCAUGUCUCUCGUAACAAWGCAUUGGUUGGUCACAUGAGACAUUUGAUGGUCUUCAAUAACAGUAUGACUGAUCAGGAGAUACAAGCAGCCAUCAAUUAUGAACAGCAAGGUAGUUUUUGGAUUGGUCUCAAUGCCCUGAAUGACAGCAGUACCUUCAAGUGGAGUGAUGGGACAAGCACCCAAAACAUGGUGUUGCCUUAUUUUCUAGAAGCUCCUCCCUCUUAUGGUCCAAGGUGUGUUGCAGUGAAGAAGAACGGGAAGUGGUUUGACAAUUACUGCACACGAUUAAGUUACUUUGUUUGUGGCAAACCAUUCCCUUAA